AUGCCGCGUAAAGGACGCAAAGUGGCAAAAUUGUGGUCGCUCCACCCAGAGUUUCAUGACGAAGUAGCACGGUUGCUGGAUGAGGAAGGGCUCCGACUAGACUUCGUUGGCAUCGAUGAUGGACAAUCAAAUAUCGAGGAAUGGGACACGAACGUCAUGGGUCGAUUCAUGUGCCACAACAGCGUAUGUUACUCUAGCGGUUGGUCGAGCAAAAAGAUCGCCAUUACGAUUCGCCUGUACCCACAACAACGAUACAAUGCCCGAGUGUAUCACCAGAGGUGCAGAACUUGCAAAGCUGUUGGUCGGCUAGUCUUGAAUACCGAAUGCUAUGCUGAAAGGGUGACAUACUGGCUGAAGAAAUGGAAUGGAAUUGAGGUACAGCGGCCUGGUUACUCUGGUCAGAGCAGAGGUCCCCAUGAUAGCGAGCUAUGCGAGGGAUGUAGAGCUGGUCAUUGUCCCAACUCGAAUGAGGACUUAGCAUUGGUGCUUGCUAGGUAA